AUGUUUCAUAAUUGUGCAGAUACUUCGCAAAAAUCAUCGAGGAUAGGUCUAUUGUUACUGACAUUUGUAUUGGUGGAGACGCUCGCGCAGGCGAACAGGAUAGAAGACACAAAUAUACAAUCAGUGCCAAGUGAUCUACGGCGAGUUGUUAGUGAAGCACUGGCCAUAGAAAGGAGGUUCCUGUUGGGUGCUAACGAUAUACAAAAUUGUUCGUCUGAGGAUAACGAAAUAAGCACGACUCCCUGCCCGCCCAGCAAGUACCGCAGUGCAAGUGGUGAAUGCAACAACGUGCGCCACAGACCGUGGGGGCGCAGAGGCGACGUGUUCCUCAGAUUGCUGCGUCCACACUACGCUGAUGGAAUAUCCCAGCCGCUGUCACCGCCACAGAUGCCAGAACCGGCACUGGCCGUGCAAGCCGCGGCUCAACUCACAGAACCCUCUGAACACGAUUACGUCACCAGCUUAUUAGCGGCAUGGGGACAGUUUCUUAUGAACGACUUAAUAACUACAGCCAAUGGAAAUAAGAAAUGCGACUUCUCUUACUGCGAGUACAUUCGCUCCGCACCGGCAAGAAACCUCGACUCAUGUGGCUUUGAAUUCCGUGAACAGAUGAACUUGGCGACUUCAGUUCUCGACGGUUCGGCAUUGUACGGCAGCUCAGAGAAAGAACUUCGCUCACUUCGGCUCUAUGAUGCCGGAAAACUCGACCUAGCUUCUUGUCGCAAGUGCAACGAUGGUUUACCAACCGCCCCUCUAUACAAGGCUCUUUUAUUUGAACACAACCGGAUCGCUGGCGAGCUCUACUCCAUGAAUCCUUUCUGGGAUGACGUUACUCUAUUUUUGGAAGCAAGAAGAGCAGUUGCAGCUGAGAUCCAACACAUUACGUUCAACGAGUUCUUGCCAGUGCUACUUGGAGAAGUCGGUAUGGCUAAAGCGGAGUUGAAGCUAACGGCCCUAGGCUUCUGGCGAGGAUACUCCAGUGCAAACCGUGCCGGUGCAUAUGCUGAACUGAUUUCAGUCGCUCCUAUAUUUAGUGCGAUGAUGCAUGAAAAGCUAAUCAAUGAAACAGUAUCUGUUAUGGAUUUGGUGAAGACAAGCGCCUAUAAAGUAUCCAAAUUCCCACCUUCAUCACAAUGGGACUUGAGUCGUUCCCGUGAUCACGGUGUCGCGUCUUACUUAAAAGCCGUUCGACUUUGUGACCCCAUGGUUAAUGUGAAAUCAUAUGCAGACUUCGAAAAUCUCGGAUUUAACAGAGCACAACAAGAAAUGAUGGCUGACAUGUACAGAAACGUUGAAGACGUAGAGCUAAUGAUUGGAGGCGCUAUGGAAAAACCAGCAUCUGGAGCGGUUGUUGGUUCAACCUUAGCAUGCGUUCUGGCUCUACAAUUUGCAAAUUUGAAGAAGAGUGAUAGAUUCUGGUAUGAAAAUGACAUCCCUCCUUCCUCGUUUUCCUCCGAGCAGUUGGGGGCUAUCAGAAAAGUUUCACUCGCAGGACUUUUAUGCGGCUCUGAAGAAAAACUUGGCAAUAUACAACCCAAAGCCUUUGUCAAAGAAGAUCCUUAUUUGAAUGCAGCACAGCACUGCUCGCAGCACAGCCGUUUAGAACUAAACGCGUGGCGUGAUGAGACCGGUGCUAAAGCUGCAGAAAGGUUAUCUCAAGACAUGCUUGCAGCUGCACUCGAAAAAGCGAAGCACGAAAUGGCCGAUAGGAAAAAACUAGAAUAUAUGCUCUGGGAAGCACGUGGUGGGGCUGAUCCGAAAUCUCCAGUUGGAACAGCAGCCUCGUUUUCGAAAGCUAACAAAUACGCGUUAAAACUCGCCAACACUUCUCUUUUCUUAGAAUUCGCAACAAAUGAACUUCUGAAUUCAGUCAACACGGGUCACCGUCGUAAACGUCAGAUCUUUGAUGACUCACUCAGCUUCGCCUCCAACGAUUUCGUAGACUCCCUUCAGUCUGUAGAUGUGAGCAGUUUCGUGAGUCAAGACCAGUUUGGACCCACCAUCGAGCCCCAAUGCGAUGACAUCGGUAGCUGUGACGCCAAUAGCCCCUUCAGAACAUAUACUGGCUACUGCAAUAAUUUGAGAAACCCUAACUUGGGAAAAAGUUUGACUACCUUCGCUAGAUUGCUGCCACCGGUGUACGAAGAUGGUGUUAGCAGACCGCGCAUCAAUUCAGUAACAGGAACGCCGCUACCAUCUCCACGUGUAAUCUCCACUGUCAUUCAUCCUGACAUCUCCAAUCUACACACGCGGUACACGCUGAUGGUCAUGCAGUUCGCUCAAUUCCUUGACCACGAGUUAACUAUGACACCAAUUCAUAAAGGUUUUCACGAAUCCAUCCCGGAUUGCCGCUCCUGUGACUCUCCGCGCACCGUUCACCCGGAAUGUAAUCCCUUCCCCGUGCCAAGAGGAGACCACUACUAUCCUGAAGUUAAUAUCACGUCAGGCGAAAGGCUAUGCUUCCCCUUCAUGAGAAGUUUGCCCGGACAGCAGCAUUUAGGUCCACGCGAGCAAGUGAAUCAGAACACGGCAUUCAUCGACGCAUCCGUAGUAUACGGGGAGAACCCGUGUAUAGUGCGCAAGCUGCGUGGUUUCAACGGUCGUCUGAACGCGACGGCGCACCCGCUCAACGGACGUGACUUACUGCCGCGUUCCGACAACCAUCCAGAGUGCAAGGCGCCUAGCGGAUUUUGUUUCAUUGCUGGUGACGGCAGAGCGUCAGAACAGCCGGGUUUAACUGCAAUCCACACAAUCUUCCUCCGUGAACACAACCGACUGGUGGAAGGCCUGAGGGGAGUAAACCCUCAUUGGGACGCGGAGCUACUUUUUGAACACACGCGACGUAUCGUUGCUGCUGAAUUCACGCAUAUCAUCUACAACGAGUUCCUGCCAAGACUGCUUUCCUGGAAUGCCGUCAAUCUCUAUGGAUUAAAGUUGCUACCUUCAGGUUACUACAAGGAGUACUCGCCAACUUGCAACCCGGCAAUAGUGUCUGAAUUCGCGUCGGCCGCGUUCCGUUUCGGGCACUCCCUGCUGCGGCCGCACCUUCCCCGCUUGUCGCCCAACUUCCAGCCCGUCGAGCCGCCAAUACUGCUACGUGACGGUUUCUUCAAGCCCGAUAUGUUUAUGAGCCAUCCACAAAUGGUAGAUGAAUUAAUGCGCGGUCUAUCUUCUACUCCUAUGGAAACCCUCGACCAGUUUAUUACUGGUGAAGUUACCAACCAUUUGUUCGAAGAUCGUCGUAUUCCCUUCUCUGGUGUUGAUCUAAUAGCUCUUAACAUCCAACGGGCAAGAGACCACGGAAUACAGAGCUACAAUAACUACAGAGCCCUUUGUAAUUUAAAGAGAGCCACUACUUUCGAAGACUUGGCAAGGGAAAUACCGGAUGAAGUGAUUGCCAGAUUGAAGAGGAUCUACCCAACCGUUGACGACAUUGACCUGUUCCCGGGAGGCAUGAGUGAGCGACCGUUGCAAGGCGGGCUCGUAGGACCAACUUUCGCGUGCAUCAUUGCCAUUCAGUUCCGACAACUUCGAAAAUGCGAUCGCUUCUGGUAUGAAAACGACAACCCAGCAGCGAGGUUCACAGAACGACAGUUGGCCGAAAUCCGUAAAGUAACGAUGUCGAAAAUUAUGUGUGACAACUUUGAUGUGCAAAGCGACGUUCAACGUGCUGCUUUCGAUUUGCCGAGCAACUUCUUAAAUCCCCGCGUGCCUUGCGCAUCAUUACCUAAGCUAGACUUGUCAGCGUGGAGAGAAAAUUCGGCGCAAGGCUGUUUGAUCGCGGGUCGAUCAGUUGCUGUCGGCGAGUCCGCUUUUCCCUCUCCGUGUACAUCAUGUAUCUGCUCUACUGAAGGGGCCCAGUGUGCGUCGCUACGAAUAACGGACUGCGCGCAAUUAGUACGCGAGUGGCCGCGCGAGGCGAUCCUGCGCGACGACGUGUGCACCGCGCAGUGCGGCACACUAGCGCCGCCCUCGCGCAACGCUCAACGACGACCGCCACUUAACUUCAAGUUCCCUGACCUGUCGCCCUUUAUAGCCAAGUGA